AUGAAUGAAAUACAACUCCCUUAACCCUAUAUCCUCUCUUCCUCUUCCCCUUCCCGUUCAGAUACUACGUUUUGGUGUUUCCACCGUUACCUCUUGGGUAACAAUUGGUGCUUCCGUUCUUGAACUACUUAUUGCUCUACUUCGACAUGUCAUCGGAGACACCCUUGUCCCUAACCACUGUCAUGUAAGCUAUUCAUAAUUUGGGUAUGGAGUUGAAUGCUACCAAUAAUAAAUUGGAAGCCCUGGCCGUCCGGAUUUCCAGUGAGAGCGAUGACAAGCAACAGAAUGGCAAAUCUCAUGGAACGGAUGAACGUUGGCAUCCACCUCCGUCCCGAACAGUGGGCCAUGGGGAUACUCCUGAUCGACAGGCUCGUCUUUGCAUUGAUGCUCCCCGUUUUAUUGGCGACGAUCCGGUAGGCAAGACGAACAUGGAGCCUGACCCGGAUGAUUGGGAGAUCGGGGCAGCGGAUCGUCGACAGUGGGAAUCCGAUUGAUUUCCUAUUACUUAAUGAAAACGUUUUGGGCUUGAACCCACCAUUGUCGUACUUCUUUAAUUAUGACUUUACGUUUAUUAUUUACAUUUACUUCCGCUAUAAAACAUUUCUUUUAAGUGAAUUUAUUUUCAUCAUUUAAUAAAAUACAUCAAGGGCU